CCGGGGUUGCCUCGGUCUCCGUGCGUCCGAGGCUGCGAGCGGCGCGGGAACCUCCCGGGGGCGUCGGUGCAGGCGCUUUCCCGAGGCGGCGAGGGCCAGGGGGGCACCCGAGGAGCGUCACCCUCAGUAUCUCCUACCUCACGCCUUUUCCAGGACAUUUCCAAAGGGCCCAGGAAGGCCGUCCUGUCGCCAUCGUCUCUUGUCGGGAGCCACCCAAACGCUGUGAUGAAGUCGGGCGGUGUUGGGCCCGCCGCUGAAGGCGAGAGGAGCCGGGGCCGGAGAAGAGGUUGCGAAGGGCCGGUGUCCGCUGUUGGGGGUGGAGGGUGCACAGGAGGAAGCGCUGACCUCUGUCUGUCUCAGGUCGCUGCAGCAGGCCACGUGGAGCUCAGCAUCCCGCCCGUGCGGCGCCUCACAAUUGAGGACUUUGAAAUCGGGCGUCCUCUGGGCAAGGGAAAAUUUGGUAAUGUGUACCUGGCUCGGCUCAAGGAAAGCCAUUUCAUCGUGGCCCUGAAAGUCCUCUUCAAGUCCCAGAUAGAAAAGGAAGGACUGGAGCACCAACUGCGCAGGGAAAUUGAAAUCCAGGCGCAUCUACAACACCCCAAUAUCCUACGUCUCUACAACUAUUUCCAUGACGCACGCCGCGUGUACCUGAUUCUGGAAUAUGCUCCAAGGGGUGAGCUCUACAAGGAGCUGCAAAAGAGCCACACAUUAGAUGAACAGCACACAGCCACGAUAAUGGAGGAAUUGGCAGAUGCUCUGAUCUAUUGCCACGAGAAGAAGGUGAUUCACAGGGAUAUUAAACCAGAGAACCUACUGCUGGGGUUCAGGGGUGAGGUGAAGAUUGCAGACUUUGGCUGGUCUGUGCACACCCCAUCUCUGAGGAGAAAGACAAUGUGUGGGACUCUGGACUACUUGCCCCCAGAAAUGAUUGAAAGGAGAACAUACAAUGAGAAGGUCGAUCUGUGGUGCAUUGGAGUGCUGUGCUAUGAGCUGCUGGUGGGAAAUCCACCCUUUGAGAGCCCUUCCCAUAAUGAGACCUACAGACGCAUCCUCAAGGUAGAUGUAAGGUUUCCCCCAUCAUUACCUUUGGGGGCCCAGGACUUGAUCUCCAAGCUUCUCAGAUACCAGCCUUCGGAGCGGCUGCCCUUGGCCCAGAUCCUGGAGCACCCCUGGGUCCGGGCCCACUCUCAGAGGGUGUUGCCUCCGUCUUUUCAGAUGGCUUCUUGAGCCCUGUCUGCACCUGUUUUAUUGUUUUUGUCCAGGGAGCUCCCCUGGCUCUACUAUCUUACCUGUCUUUUGUUUCUUCUAAGAUGCAAGAUGAUAAUUAAUAAAAGCUGAAUCAUUUUGUACCGGUU